AUGAGGCUGCCCUCGCUGUCGGCGGCGCUCGUCGCGGCGCUGGCCUGGAUGGUCCAGGCCGACGACCGCAAUGACCUCAAGAGCAUCACGCUGAGAACGCACAGCCUGCACGAGCCAUAUCUCGACUCGGCCAUGCAGAGCCGGUGGUACGACUUUGGAGGAGACACCAUUAUCCGAACCGAUUCCUACGUUCGCCUAACGUCCGACCGACCGUCGCAGUCCGGAUGGCUAUUCUCCCGCGUGCCGCUCACCGCGACCAACUGGGAGGUCGAGGUCGAGUUCAAGAUAUCGGGCAAGAACCACCUUUACGGCGACGGGUUUGCCAUGUGGAUCACCAAGCAGCGUGGCCAGCAGGGCCCCGUGUUCGGCGCGGCGGACAAGUUUGAGGGCCUGGGCAUCUUCAUCGACACGUACAAGAACAACCGGCCGGGCAUCGUGUUCCCCUACGUCAUGGCCAUGUUUGGCGACGGGCACAAGACGUACGACAAGAACACGGACGGCAAGGACACGGAGCUGGCCGGCUGCUCGGCACGGGGCAUCCGCCAGGCGACGGUGCCGACCAAGCUGCGCCUGACGUACAUCCAGGACAAGGAGCUGAAGCUGGAACUGCAGUACCGGACCGAGGACGAGUGGGAGCUGUGCUUCGAGACGGCGCAGCCGCCUGCCAUUCCCAACAUUGCCUACCUCGGGUUCAGCGCCGAGACAGGCGAGUUGAGCGACAACCACGACAUCAUCUCGGUGGCGGCCAAGAACCUGUACAGCAGCCCCGGCAGCCCCAGCAGCACGUCGACCAAGGGCAAGGGCCACACCAAGAGCCACACGAUCAAGGACGGCGGAAGCUGGACGUGGUUCUUCACAAAGGUCUUUUUGUUCUUCCUCGUCAUCGGCGGCGGUUAUGUGGGCUUUGCGGCGUACCGGGCCAAGAGCAAGAGCCACCGUUUCUAA